UAUCCUAUUUCCUUAGAGAAAGUGCCUAUUUCUAACAAUCAACAAAGAGAACUAAGAGAAGAGUUUGUCUCUGGAAUCAACUUAAAUUGAUGAUUGAAGAGAGAACAGAAGUGACGUAAAGCCUCAAAAUAUAUUUCAUACGAGUUUUAGUGCUACCGUUAGGCAAAUUUUUCAAUCCAUUUCGAAAACUGUGUUGUUUAUUAUGACGCUACUGUAAUAAGCAUUUGAUUGAACUGAAGUCUUCACCAGUGGCGUAGCAGCAGUAUAUUUCAUCUAGCAUGGAUGGCAUGGAUCGGCAAAUUCUUUGUUUUAAACAUUGUGGGACAAUUUUUUGCUUCGAUUUGCCUGAAGUAUGUCCACUGUGCCACUUUUCUUUGUCCCUUAUUCCUGUGGAGGAUAUUCCUUUCAGGUUACCGCAUCCAUUUGUCAAAGCUGGACAAUACCCAUGUUCGAUCGUCAUCAAAUCGACAACUGGAACGUUUCUAGAGAAUUACAAUUACAACAAAAAUCUACACAUCGGCGUGACCGAUAGCAGAGGCGCAGUUCACGAAUACGAUUCAGGAGGUUUACGAAAAAACUGCACCCAGGAUUGGAAUCAGUCAAUCGUAGUCUACAAAAGUUCAGAGGUCUGGAGAAGUCACUGGGAUAGUCCAUUGGCUGUUGUGUAUGCUGAUCCUAUGUGGCGUUCAGAAAAUUACGAUGAAGACAAUUUCAAUUGUUUUUCGUUUGUGAUCGCGUUUUUGAAAAAGUUGAAUUGCAAAGAACUCAAUGAAUUCAUGGAUAAGGAGUAAUUCUGUGAAAAAUUCAUAUUACCCAAGAUUCGCUCUUCCAACGAAUAUAUAGCAUUGUAUAGGAAGGUGCAGAAAGACGGCUAUUCGUUUAGUCUAUGAUAUUCAAAUGGGGAAGAAAGUAAUGAAUUAUAAGAGCUCGAUUUUAAAUUUUCAUAAACCAGUACAAUAAACCAAUUUUCAUAAAUAUUUUUUCUUGUUCGACAUUAUAGAUUACAGUACAGUCACAUGAAGAAACGAGGAAUGAAAUUAAAUAUCAGGUAAACUCUUUUAUUUUCUUCAUAGAAGAAAUGAGAAAAAUUGCGAUAUAGGUACUAUAUACUUGGAAGGAUUAUCUCACAUAUCUACAAGAAGGUACAGGGUAAAUUAUGCUAAAAUUCACUUCAUUCAUUCAAAUUCUACAAGGCUGAAACUUGUCUGAUUCCAACAGGAAACUCCUGGUUCAAAACUUGUCCAACUAUACAAAAAUUAAAAAAAUUAAUUUAUCGCGAAAUAAUAUCAAAAUUCAAAUGAAAAUCACAUUUGAAAGUACAAAAAAUAUUGUUAAUCAUCGAAGAAAAGUAAAAAUACUAGAAAUAAUACAUAAUUACUCAAGGAAAAAACAUUCAUAUUGUAUACCUAUCUCUAAUUAACUAUGUAGUUUGAUUUGG